AUGGCGUUGUCAUUUGGUCGGACACAAAAUGGUGAAGAAGCGAUGCCAGUGGUGAUGGAUGUGACUAAAAUUCCUGAGGUCACGGACAUGUUAACUUCAGAGCAAGACGAGCAAGACUUAUCACAAUCUUAUGAGGCUAGUUCUGAAAACAUAAGAUCAGCAUCUUGCGUCUUAUCAAAGCAACCGCAAGAGUUAAAGCAACAGUUAUCGUCACCUGCGCACACUCUUUCAUCAGAUCAAAUUUUAGAACAGGACUCGAGCUCAUCAGAUAUUGCGCAAAAUAUAGCUUGCAUGUUUAGGAAAGCCAUUAAGGUUGGUCAAGAAGCAAUUUUAUACUGGUGCUAUUUUAUAGAGAAAUAUGACAAAAUGAUUGAUAACUUUGUUGCUGAUGGAGUUAAGAAAAAAAUUGCAACAUCUAUGAGCUAG